AUGGCGUCUGCGUACAAUACCGGGAACUCGGCGACACCAACUCAGUCUCGAGCACUUGGUGCUGACGGCAAGCCAGUGUCCAGAAGCCAUGACGAUGGAGGGGCGGCCGUCCCAGCAGCCAGCUGGAACGAUGCUGCUUCACGGUCAACCCGUAACGGGCGCUCCGCAUCUGGUGGGAGCUCUAUGAGCACUCGCGGCGGAGCUUCAAUUGCACCAUCAGCGCAACCGGGGAGUUUCAGCUUGGAGUUGAAGAGUAUGCAGAAUUUCCGCAGUGCGACUCCCCGUCAAGAUGCAGUAUCCCCAUUUCCGCGACUGUCGAAUACCAUGGAGGAGGACGAGCCCGAGGCCGAUACGACCGAACAGCGUCAGGCUGCCAUCCGAGAUAGGAUAGCGAAGGAAAUGAAAAUAAAAGUUGGAACUGAGAAUAUGCUGGAAGCGUUGUUGACCAAAAGUGCAAAACAGACCAGAGAUCAAAGGCUUCGAGUCGAGUCGGAGCUGAGCUCGUCAAACAGGAAGCUUGCAGAGCUCAGACAGGAAUUAGAGGACGAAUUGAUGCGGUCACAGACCCCUUCAACACCACAACGUAGUCGACUAUCUGCCCUGUUUCGCGGAAGCCCGAUGCGAUCUCCGUCCCGUGCUACAGAUUCUGCGGAUGACGACAUGGAGGAUGCAGAUGGAGAAACGGAGUCGCCGACUUAUGUUCUAGCAGAGACACUACAAGCUUUGGAGUUAGAAGGAAUGGCGCCGGAUUAUUAUAUUGAAAGGGCAAACAGCCUGGUCGAACUAUUCAAACGCCACCCAACAUUGAAAUACGACCUCGAGUGGUCAGUGUUUGGACAACGAGUGCAGAUGAUGCUUUUGAGUGAUAGCAGAGAAGUAGUAGCGGCAGGUUACCGCUUAACCCGAUACGCUAUAGCAGACAGGGCUUCAAUCAGAACGAUACGCCGUCUUCAUACAGAUGAACUAGUCACUUUAUCACUGGUCAAGGAGAGCAAAGCGAGUAUUGAGAGAGAGCAGGCUCUAAAAUUUAUCAGGGCUUUUCUGGAUGUCAAGGAUGGUGUACAUGAAAUUUCGAGAGCAGUGGUUCGAACUAUCGUUUCUAUUGCUGAACACCAUGAGGAUAGAUUACGAAACAUAUCCAUCAUGACCUUGGCCGAGAUUAUGGUCAAAGACCCAGGCUUGAUCGCAUAUGCUGGCGGGAUUGGACCGCUUCACGAUACUCUAGCGGAGGGAACCUUCAGCGCAUCUGAAAGUCUGAUAGGAAGCUUCUUACACAUUAUGGACACUCCGCAUAGGCGACAAUAUCUUCAUGGUGGUCGCGAACUUGAAGCAGUCCUUACUCCAUUCACCGACUCAUUCUCGGACACUGUACGAUCAGGGCGUCUGAAAUGCUCAGCAAAAGCGAUUUCGGCCAUGCUAAAGACCUGGCCCGGCUUGCUUGUACUUGCACGAGACAAGUCGAAGCCACUUUCGUCGUUAUUGGAGUCGCUCAAUUACCCUGAUCCAAACGCUAGGGACCUCAUAUUAGAGCUUCUUUUCGAAGCACUUCAGAUCAAGCCGCCUUCCUGGUCCUCGUCAUUUCUCGCCGGCAGACGCCUAACGACAUAUGGCAGAGUGACCAAUCUUCGAUCAGAGUCGGAUAGCAAGCAGUUACGUAUCUUUCAGGAAAAUGAUAAAAACAGAUUCGACCUGACAGCACAUUUCUCAGCCUUGGUUCUGGCGACCUUGCUUGAGGCUGGUCUAGUCAAAGCUUUAUCAGGUCUCAUUGAAGUGGAGAACAAUCAGUCCUUAAAACGAAAGUCCACUUUGCUUCUUACAGAGGUGCUGAAGCUAGCUCAGCACUCUUUACCACGGUCCGUCAGCUUUAGUCUUCAGGUUCUCCCUUCUCUACUCCCAGCAGCCAUCAAAUAUGACGUUGAAAAUCACGAAAUAUCGACUUCAACUAUCUACCAGAUUGAAAGCAUCAAUCGAAUUCUAGCGCGAUCUGGCUCGCUUACAGCCACAUCGGGAAGAUAUGCUGUUGUCGAUGAAGAUAUCUCUGCUUCGCUUUUAUCUGGGGAGCCAGCCAAAAAUAGGCUCAACCCGGCAAUGGACGAAGCGUCAUUCAGAAAUCAUAUCCUUGAGACGCAGGUCCUGAACACCGUGAACUAUGUCAAAUGGAAAUGGGAUCUCAUCCUUCGAAUUAUCGAAGGUCCAUUAACAAACCCAAAGAGACUCGAAGAAGCCAUCAAGGGCUCGAAGUUUAUGAAGCGCUUGAUUGGGUUCUAUCGACCAUUCAAAUAUAGGUUUUGUGUGAUACCAAACACGAAGCCUAAUCAGCGUUAUGUCCGAACAGGUUGCGCCUUAUUACGGACUCUGAUGCAAACGCCAGAAGGAAUCAAGUACCUUGCUGAAAACAAAUUGCUCCGUCAAAUUGCAGAAUGUCUUGCGCAGGUUGACCGUAUGAGCGGGCUCACCUCGGCGUCGCCUCUAUUUUCUAGAGAACAGAUGGCAAGUACUUUGAGUGGUGGCUACUUUGCCCUCCUCGGUGUCUUGAGCAGCGAUACAAAAGGCCUUUCGAUGAUGGAACGAUGGCAUAUGACUAAUAUGUUCUAUCAUAUAAUCGAGCUGAAAGACCGGGCUGAUCUCAUCCAGGCUCUUCUUGGAAACAUGGAUUUCACUUUGGAAAGUCAUCUUAGAGUGCUUUUAUCUAAGGCACUCACUGCAGGCAGCAAAGACAUUCGACUCUUUGCAACUAAGCUUCUCCGCAAGUACGCCGUCGGUCAUCAUCUGGCUGUCAACAAUGUUGUCUGGGUUGUCCGAAUGCUUGUAACGCAGCUAUACGAUCCUGAUAUUUCCGUUUGCGAGGUCGCUGUGAAAAUCCUAGAAGAAGCUUGCAAUCAGCGAGAGUAUCUGGAGUACGUUGUCAAAUGUCGACCAUCACUUGAUCAUCUUGGAGAGAUUGGAGCUCCGCUUCUUCUUCGAUUUCUCUCAACUUCCGUCGGCUACCAUUACUUGGAUGGACUGGACUAUAUUACGCAAGAAAUGGAUGAUUGGUUCCUUGGGAGAAAUGAUGCAUAUGUUGCACUCGUCGAAGCUUCACUUUCGCGCGCUUACGUCGAUCAUCCUCGACGGCAGACAUCAUCAUUUGCACCUGAUGACAUUGUUGAGAUGCAGGAUAUCGGGGUCGUACCGCCGCAUUUCUACCGAGAACUAGCUCGUACAUCCGAAGGAUGCAAAUUGCUUGAACACUCCGGCCAUUUCCUUGAAUUUGCGAGCACCAUACGAGAUUUUGAUCUGAGCGAAGAAGAUCCCGAGGCCCUUUUGAAAGUGAAAGGGUGUUUGUGGGCUGUAGGAAAUGUCGGCUCCAUGGAACUUGGGGCGCCGUUCUUGGAGGAGACUGAAAUUGUGCAGGAUAUUGUCAAUAUUGCCGAGCAGGCUGAUGUGAUUACGAUGAGAGGUACCGCAUUCUUUGUUUUGGGUCUCAUAUCGCGCAGUCAACAUGGGUUGGAAAUGGUUUAUGAGGCAGGAUGGGACGCCGCUGUUGACGACCGUGGUGGUUCUCUGGGACUUUGUUUGCCGCGGCGUCUAGAGAAGCUGUACCACCUCUCAUGUGUCCCCCACAAACGCGACCAGGAACUCAAACGCCUAUCACAAGAAAUAUUCAAAAACGCAGCGACCGACACCGACCCAAUCAAUCAGCGUAUCUUGAAACUGAUCGUCGAUAUGGGAAAUACCGUCUUGUCCAAGCGAGCAGCCAACGACCUGCAUGGUAUCAAGGCCAAACACCCCGAGCAAUUCCGCCAAGUAGAACUCUUCCAAAAGACACUAACCAUCCUCGAAAGCCAUCAUUUCAGAUUACCUGCUCGCCGGUUCGCCUUAGAUCUGUUUGAUAAAAGCGUCAUGAGACGGGUGGUCCUCGAAGAGGACGAAGAUUCGUAUUCUGAGUCAGAUUCGUAG